AUGCCAUCAGGCGAGACUGAUCUCGAGCUUGAAGAGGGCCUGCAGUCCUUAUGGCUGCUCCUGUGCACGUUUCUGGUUGUCUCCAUGCAGCUCGGUUUCGCCAUGCUGGAGGUUGGUGGAGUCCGUGAGGCUCACAGGAUGACGGUUCUCGCCAAGAAUGUCAUGGAUUCCGUGGUGACAUGCCUUGUCUUUGCUGCGACUGUGCGUUUUUUGCACCUGAGCCUUGUUCUUGGCCCAGAUGGACACAUCCGGUUUGAGAAGGAGCUGUCCAACUGGGCCUUCAGUGCCACCUGUGCAACGAUCUGUUCUGGGUCAAUGGCAGAGCGAGCUCACAUGAUAGCAUACCUUGUCCAUGCCGGCGUGAUCGGUGUUGUGGUUUAUCCACUCCUUGCAGAGGGUGCCUGGGGCUGCGACACCAACUUUUUCCUGUAUCGCGAACUGCACGGCCGUUUUCAGAAAAAUGUCGACUACCACGAUGGCGCUGGCAGUGGUGUCCACAGUGGCAUGGUCGCUGUUCGCGAAAUCGUGCGUCUGUUGGGCUUGGCUGGUGAUGUGGUCAGCAUACUGUCGAUUCUGCCUCUUCUUUCCGAGGUGAAGUUUGGCCACUUGAUCCCAGCUCGUGGAGAGGCUAGAAAGGAAAAGGCUGCCUCGGAAGAGCAAGGUGGUGGGGAGUGCGCCAGAACAACUCCCCCUGUUUGGGCAUUGUGCCUUCUCCUGGUGGCAGAGCUUUGCAGCGGGGCCGCCUUCCUGAAUCCAUCGGACAAGCAGGCUCGACGGGCAAUCGGCGAGGUUGUCCGUGCCCAGAGGAAUGCAGAAGCUGGACUGGAAGAGACGAUGAGCGGCGUUGUCAAACUCCUUGAUAGCAAAGAUGUCCACGAGCUGGCCAAGCUCUUGGCAAGCGUGGGAGGGCUUGCUGGCACUCUGUGCAUUUCUGCCCUGAGUGGGGCCGGGGACACCGGUGGCGUUGGCUUCGGAAUUCGGGCUGCUGCAGCGCCGCUUCGCACUUUGCUGACUGCUGAGCGAUUCUGGGGCCUUCUGGCUGUGACGGCUCUCUUCUUACUGGGGAACUGGAUGGCGCUGACAACACUGGUGCGAAAGCCGGCAGUUUGGGCUGCUUGUGGGAACUUUGGCUCCCUUGUGCGUGCCCUGGCCUUCGCCGCAGCAGCAGGAGCACAGGAUUCCGGGCCACUCUCGACUUGGGCAAUGCUCAGCGCUGCCGCCUGUGUUGCCCGAAUCUCGCGGCUCAUCGUCCACGAACAACUCGCCCCGGCUGUUUGGAUAAGCAGUUGGUGGUCCGGGUCGAGACUUAGCGUCGAUCCUCUGGUGUUGACCACUUUGGGACUGGAAAGCUGGUGCCUGGCAGUACUUCUCCUCAUCUUGAUUAGGAGACCUCGAAAGAUGCUGUUCCUCGCUGCCAUGACGUACCCGUGCAUCGCCCUUGCUCAAGGACCCCCUGCCUCGCAGAACUUCGAGGCGUUCGUCGCACCGGCCUUGCAACGUGGCCCCAUCGUCAUGGCUGUUGCAUCGGCGCUGCUCGUCUUCGUGGGUGGCUUUCCUACCAUGCUCUGCAGCCUCGUGCUCAUUCAGGUUCAUCUGAGCGGCGGGUGCGCUGCAUUGGCUGGAAGCAUGCUGCUUGGAAGGCGGAUUAUGUGCAAGGAGCUAGACGAGGAUGAGGAAUGCCAGUCGGAUGAGCGAGCCGAAAGCACCCUCAAGGUGCGGCGCCGCUGGGAUGGUGUCCAAGUGGACAACUGGGCCCGUCGUUAUGACGACGAGGCACGUGACAAGCUGGAGUUCCAGCACUGCAGCUACUUGCAAGUCAUGGGAAUGUUCACGCUUUGGGUGGGCUGGUACGGCUUCAACGCUGGGCGGCUGGGUGGUCCGUGCUGGGGGCCAGCCAUCAUCACGAGCAUGCAGAACCUGGAUGUAGGCGGGGACUCUGGCGACAUGCAACAUGCAGUUGGCAGCUAUGUGGCGGGAGUUGUUUUGAGCGGCAUGGUCGCGAUCACUGCUCCUUGCGAUGUGGCUUCGCCAGCUGCGAGCGCCGUAAUUGGCUUGCUGAGCGGCUUGCUGGUGUAUCCUGCAUGCUCACGGGCUAUGCGAUGGGCAAAACUCGAUGAUCCUGUUGACGCUGUUUCCGUCCAUGCUGGGUCCAAUGCUGAGAGAGUCUUGGCGACUGCGUUCUGCACCCCCGACUGCGAUGUUCUCCAAUCAGUUCCCCUUAUGCACAUUGCGCGUGCUUGGCUCACAGAAGUGCCAUGUAGCAGGACCUGGUUCCCAAACCGCAGGUUCCAAUUUACCCACCUUCCUUUUGACAGAAUGAGCCAUGGAGAUAUCGAGACAGCUGUCGGCCAAAGAGACGAUUCUCCAGAUGUCUCGGGUGAAGCCUCCCCGCCAGCUAGAACCUCCACCGAUCGGAAGUUGGCAUUGAUGAACCCCUUCAGCAAGUUCACCUGCUGCCUCAUCAGCGCAGGGUUGCUACUGCCGUUCAGCGUCUCUAUUCCUGGCUUUGCCUCGUUUCGGAAGGAGAUCAUUGGAGCCUCCUGCCUGAUGAUCUUCCUGGGAACACUUGUUCGAAUGCGGCUGCAGCGUUGCCGCUGGGAGGUCAUGAAGGCCGAGGUUGUGCCGAAACGGGACAUCCGACGACGUCUAUGGGCGACCAUCAUGUAUGACUCUCUGUCCGCGGCCGAGCACGAGUUCCAUUGUAUGCAAAUUCAGUCACAAGAUCCUCGCAAAGCGCCCACAAAGCAGAUCUUGGACAAAGCGUCUGUGCUCGAUCCAGCGCCGGCGAAGGGUAUGAACGAGCAAAGCACUUGCCUCUGCUGCCUUGAAGAUUUCGAGGACUCCUCGGUAGUGGCUUUGCUGCCGUGCGGACACAUCUUCCAUGAGGACUGCAUCAUGGCUUGGACCAUCGCGAAACGCCGAGCAUCAAAGGGCUGUCCGGUGUGCAGGCAGAGCUUUUUGGUAUUGUGA